AUGAGUGACCCUAAUCAAUCCAAAGAGAUGAAUGUCACUGAAUUUGCUGAUGCUCAAAGGAGUCACUACACAGUAUAUCCCAGUUUACCCAGAAGGAACAAAAGUGACAAACAAAUUCCUUUUGUUAAACUUCUAUCGGGCAAAGAAUCAGAAAUCAAUGUUGAAAAAAGAUGGGAGCUGUAUCACCAAUUACAUUCACAUUUCCAUGACCAGGUAGAUCAUAUUAUUGAUGAUAUUGAAACAGAUUUGAAAACUGAGAUCUCGGACCUUUUAUAUAGUGAAAAAACUCAGAAAAGACGAUGCUUUAAUACUAUCUUUCUAUUAGGUUCAGAUAGUACGACACAGAUUGAACUACCUAAAGACAAAUCUUCUCACUAUAACGCUCUAAUUGAAUUAACUCCAAAAGAAUCUCCAAAUGUGAGAAUGAUGCUUCGUAGGUCUAUGUAUAAGCUUUACAGCGCAGCCGAUGCUGAGCAACAUCCAACUAUCAAGUAUGAAGACACUAAUGAUGAAGAUGGUGAUUUUAUCGAACAGAAUAAUGACGUAUCGUACGAUCUGUCUCUUGUGGAAAACUUCAAGAGACUUUUUGGGAAGGAUCUAACGAUGGUGUUUAAUUUUAAGGAUGUGGACUCUAUUAAUUUCAACACUUUGGAUAACUUCAUAAUUUUAUUGAAAAGCGCCUUCAAAUACGAUCACGUUAAGAUAAGUUUAAUCUUCAAUAUCAAUACAAAUUUAUCAAAUAUUGAGAAAAAUUUAAGGCAAUCAACAAUACGACUUUUGAAGAGGAAUUAUCAUAAGCUAGAUGUGUCGAGUAAUAAGGGAUUUAAAUACGGAAACCAGAUCUUUCAAAGCUUCUUGGAUACUGUUGAUGGCAAAUUAAAUCUUUCUGAUCGCUUUGUGGAGUUCAUUCUCAACAAGAUGGCAAACAAUACUAAUCACAACUUACAACUGUUAACGAAAAUGCUAGAUUAUUCACUAAUGUCGUACUUUUUUCAGAAUGCAUUUUCAGUAUUCAUUGACCCUGUAAAUGUUGAUUUUUUAAACGAUGAUUACUUGAGAAUACUAAGCAAAUGCCCCACGUUCAUGUUUUUUGUCGAAGGUCUUAUAAAGCAGCAUGCCCCUGCCGAAGAGAUUCUUUCUUUAUUGACUAAUAAAAACAGAGGCCUAGAAGAAUUUUUUGUCGAGUUCCUGGUAAGAGAAAACCCGAUUAACGGGCAUGCAAAGUUUGUCGCUCAAGUACUUGAGGAUGAGUUGCAUAUAAUCAACUAUAAUUUAAUAGAACUAUAUCAUAAUCUGCUUAUUGGAAAAUUAGAUAUCUAUCUGGAUCGCUGGCCGGCAUGCAAAGAGCAUAAGGAUCGACUCCAUUUUGAACCAAUUGAUACAAUCUUUCAAGAGUUGUUUACUUUGGACAACAAGAGUGGAUUACUAACGCAGUCCAUUUUUCCUUCUUACAAAUCAAAUCUGGAGGAUAACCUACUAAGCUGGGAGCAAGUGCUACCUUCUCUGAAUAAAGAGGUCAACGGUACUGCCUCUGAAGAUUUGGAUAAUAUAAUGGCACCAGUAGUGGGACAACUAUUCAAGCUUUAUCGUGAGGCGAAUAUGACUAUUAAUAUUUAUGAUUUCUACACCGCAUUCAGAGAGACUUUACCAGAGAAAGAAAUAUUAAAUUUCAUAAAACAAGAUCCCUCCAACUCCAAGCUCUUAGAUCUAGCAGAGGCUCCGGAUGCAUUUGAAAAAGUAACAUUAAUUUUAUUUAUGCAAGCAAUUUUCGCCUUCGAAAACAUGGGUCUCAUUAAGUUUCAAAGUACCAAAAAUUACGAUUUGGUAGAAAAGUGUGUCUGGAGAGGAAUUUGA